AUGCUCAUUCUGAUCGCUGGGAUUACGGGUAAUGUUGGGCAGCAAGCUGCCCGAGCUGGUUUGGAGCGAGACCACCAAAUUCGAGGGUUGGGCCGUUCUCCGACGAAGCUCGAUGCCGCAAUUCGCUCGGGACUCGAAUCGUUUGUGGAGUCGAAGAAUUACUAUGAUAUCUCCGCGUUAGAGCAAGCGGUCCAUGGUGUCGAUGCUGUGAUCUGCGCGUAUGGAGGACUUCCAGAGUUGGCGCUUGAUGGCCAGCUCUUACUCCUGCGUGCCGCGGAGCGGGCCGGAAUCAAGCGCUACUUGGCUGCAUCCUGGAACUACGACUGGCGCCGUAUUUCAUUCCAAGACGAAGAAGUCUACGACCCCUACAUAGCCUUCCACGCUCACGCCACCAUCUCCAGCAGUAUCAAGACCCUUCACAUUCUCACCGGCAUCUUGGCCGAAGUCUUCUUUGGCUCGCACAAAGAGCGCGGCUUCACACCUGCCGAUGAUGGCGUCUGGGACCCGGAACCCCAAGGCUCUGCUACCACCGGGCCAAAUUCCAGAGUGAGAGCAAUGGACGUCUACGGAACCGGUAACGAGCCUUGGUACUUCACUUCAGAAGCCGAUGCCGGCGCGUUCAGCAUCGAAGUCGUGACGGGUCCAGAUGCAGAGAAGGGUGGUUUUGUAAACUUAGUCUCAUGGGUGCACUCCCUGCGCGAGGUUGCUGAGAUUUACCAGAAGGUCCACCCCGAAGCGAAAGUUGACAUCACGGAAAAGGGGUCUGUAGAAGAGCUGGAGAAGAAGGCUAUUGCAGGUAGGGAGAAAUGGGGCAGGGCCAAGUUUUGGGAGUACCACCGUUUGUUUUUCCAGCUGUUCACGGUAAAGGGAAUCUGGAACUUGGGGAAACUAGACAACGAUAAAUAUCCAGGAGCGAAGGCGACGAGCCUCGAGCGAUUUUUAAAGGACAAUGCUAAUAUCUGA